UUUGGCGCAAAGCGGAAGUCGUCAUAACUGUCCACCUUAAAAAGUUUAAUGUUGCUGCGGAGAGCUGCAACUGGCGCUGAAAUAGUAACGGUAUCGAUUAAAUGUGUUGUUAGAUUUAAAUUUUGACAAAUAUAAUAAUAACUUAUCGAAUUAGCAUCGUACUCGGAGGCUUCAAAGUAGACACGCGCGAAGAAGUCACACAGGAAUGUUGGCUAUCCUGUUAGCUAAUGUUAGCAAGUGUAGCUAGCAAGACCACUAGCGUUAGACAGUAACGUUAUUUUCCUGAAUUAAAUUCACUUUAGGUUGUUUUUAAAUUGCUGACUAGUUUCUGGAUUAACUUUCACUUUAAAUGGAUGAGCACAAGGAGAACAUUCACGCCAAGGACGUCAAUGUGAAGAUGUCUAAAACAAGAGAAGAUGAACAGGCAAAGCCUUGCAGCAGGAUAUGUCCUCCCGAAGAAUCUGAUCCUCAGGUGUCCCCGUCUCAGUCAAACAGCGACUUCAGUCAUCCGGUGUACAAAGAGAUCGCUUUGGCUAAUGGACACAUCAACCGCAUGUCCAAGGAGGAGCUUCGGAUCAAGUUAUCACAGCUGCAGCUUGACACAAGAGGUGUAAAGGAUGUGAUGAAGAAGAGGUUGAAGAGCCACUACAAGAAGCAGAAGCUGAUGCAGUCUGCAGCAGAGGGAGGACCCACUGACACCUACUACGACUACAUCUGUGUGGUGGACUUUGAAGCAACAUGUGAGGAGGAUAAUCCUGCAGACUUCCAUCAUGAAAUCAUUGAGUUCCCCAUGGUUCUUAUCAACACGCACACUUUAGAAAUUGUGGACACCUUUCAGGAAUAUGUAAAACCAGAGUUGAACCCACAGCUUUCAGACUUUUGUGUGAAGUUAACAGGAAUAACACAGAAAAUGGUCGAUGAUGCAGACACAUUUCCUGCGGUCCUUCAGCGGGUCGUAGCUUGGCUACAGGAGAGGGAGCUCGGGACAAAGUACAAAUAUGCCAUUCUAACUGAUGGGGCCUGGGAUAUGAGCAAGUUCCUCAACAUCCAGUGCCGGAUUAGCCGGAUCAGAUAUCCUCAGUUUGCAAAGAAGUGGAUUAACAUAAGGAAAUCAUACGGAAACUUCUACAAGGUUCCCCGCACACAGACGAAGCUGAGCACCAUGUUGGAGAAGCUGGGUCUGAAGUAUGAAGGCCGUCCUCACUCUGGCCUGGACGAUUCACGCAACAUUGCCAAGAUAGCUCUACGGAUGCUGCAGGACGGGUGUCAGCUGCGCGUCAAUGAACGCAUGCACGCCGGCCAGCUGCUCUCGGUUCCCAGCUCAGCUCCUGUGGAGGGAGCUCCUCCACCACAUAACCCCCGCAGCAGGGACUAGACCCGGAAGCUUGUGCAGACAGGAACCCCACGUCUGACUCGACCCUUUACCCCCAUGAGUUCCAGGAAGUAGAAAAAAACAUCCAAAGCACUUUCACAGUCUUAGUAGUUGUAAAUGUUUUGUUUUGGAGCUUAAAAGCUGUAGCUCGUGAAGGUUGUUUUAGUUUGACCACUAAAUAGGGUCGAUAUUUUGAUUUAAAGCUAGGGUAGGUAACGUUGGAGAAACUAUCAAGAGACAGCUAGAUUUUGAAAGUAUCCAACUGAAAGAAAACCCACCCCCUCCCUGCAGGCCUCCCUCCAAAUCCUCUCCCCCAAAACACAUUUUCAGGUGCAAUGAGUGCACGGACAGAGGGCGAGCAGGUAGUGAUGAUUGAUGGGCUUAUUACAGGCCUGGGACGGCCACAGAUAUCGGACUUUCCCCCCAGAGCAUUUGAUUUAUUAUUUGCUUUCAGGAUGUAAAGAGAAUUUCAACAAAUAUAACAGAGAAUGCUUCUGAAAUACACUUCCUACCCUAGCUUUAAGAUUCAGAUGUGACAGUUCCUCUCUGACCACAACUCCAUAUAUUUUUACACCAGAUGUCUGAAAACGGAGAUCAUUCCUGUGUGUUGUGGGAGGAUUUUUCCUUUAACAGCUUCAGUGUUGUCAGUCUGUCAAACCUCCCUCACCCUCGUCUGAUCCAGCUGCUAAUAUUCAUCAAUUUGAUUAGAAAUGCCUUUUAGUUGUCACAUGAUUGUGUGGAUUCAGUUUUAUUUCAGGUUUUGCUUCCAAGCAUACAACUUGAAUUGAAUAAUAGUCGUUCUUGAGGCAUUCAAAUGGAAAAAAAUCUACAAUAUCAAUGUCAGCGUUGGCCUUUAAAUCCCCAUAUCUGUAACCAUUGUGCAAGUAUUAUAAACAAGAAUCUACACAAAUGUUGCUGCUGCUAUCACUGUGCUGUUUGAAGUGCUACAUAACAACAGAGCCAUAACAUCGCACUGUUUGACACUUUUCCAGAGUGAAGUUGAAAGUUUGGAAACAGUCCUGUGGACUUUAAUUGUCUGUAUUGAGAUCCUAUAGAACCAUAAGUAAUGAGAAUACAUUGUCUAUCAUUAUAUAAAUACAGUACAGGUGUUCAUUUCACAAACUAAGUGAUGUCCAUCUGUUGGGAGUGCUGUAUAAGUUAAGCCUGUGUUGUAGGAUUCUGUCAUGUUUUGUAUUGAUGUUGAAUUCAUUUUUAUUUCAUGGAGGAUGCUCUAUUUUAGCAGGAACAAAUAUUCUUCUGAAUGCCAAAAAAUGAAAAUAAAAUAUGUUUCUCUGUUCUUGUAAA